CUAUUGUGCGCAUAUCUUAUAGUAUACUGUUUGAGGUUGCCCAGCACUGUUGGCGUCCCAGUGAAGGGCCCCGACGAGUUACCCCCGACGUUUCGUCAGCAUCGCCGGGCUCGGGGAGGGUGCUGCGGGCGGCGUGUGUGCGGCUAGGGCCCCCAAACCGCUGAUAUGGACCCUAGGGCACCUUAGCGAACACUAUUGGUGGCGUUGGGGCCCGGAUGUGUGUUUGGGGAUCACACGCACGCAGAACAUGUCUUGGCGCGAGCAUGCGUCCGAUGGAACGCUUCUGAGUCGCCUGACAAUAGUCAGAAUACCUUCCAAGGCAUAUAGGAUGUAUUUCAAGCUGUAACAGAGCUUUAAAUCUACUCAGCCACCGCAGGCGCAGGGUGGCCGAAAUUCGGUCGGUCGGCCAGAAUCCGGCCAUCGCCGACCAGUCCCAGGCGCGCACGGUCUUGCCCAGCUUGAUGAUACAUGAAUACUCAGUACAAAAGUAUUGAUAUACAGACAGGCGGCUGCAUCUAACGUGUGCCCCAGCGCCUUCUGGCCGAAGUGGCCGAACAUAGGCACCUGCCGAGCUACGGGCAUCAGAAAUGAACAUAUCAAGCUUAUUUUCAUCGUAUCUAGGCUACAUAUAAUGGGCAAUUGCGCGAGCUCGGUGGCGCUUGAGGACAAGCCUGGGGCGCAGGCACAGACACCUGCGCUCUCGAAGGUGGCCCCAGCAAACGGCAUUGGGGAGAAAGCGCUAGUGGUGGGUAACAGCGAUGUUGGCACUGAAAAAGACCAACAGGCUCGGGACUUUCUGGGACCCCCGCGCCCCAAGUCGUCCCCCAGCACCAGCGCUUCGACAGCCCUCACUCGCCUCAGCGGCGCCGCGAUGCCCCCCGACGGCCGCAACCUCGUCCUCAUUGUUUGGGACAUCGAGAACGUGCGUCUGCCGCUCUCCACUGCGCCCGGGUUGACCCCCAAGAACGUCGUGCGGUAUCUGAAGAAGCACUUCAUCUACGGCCCCGGCCGCACCGAGUUCCGGACCGUGGCGGCGCUGACGGAGCGCAGCCUGGGCCGCAUCCGGCGCGACCACCCCUCCUUCGUGGAGCAGGUGGUGCCGGACCUCACGCUGCUGCUGGCGUCGGCGGUGCACCAGAAGCGCAACGCGGACGUGGUGCUGAAAAAGGAGCUGCACCACUUUGUGACUGAGCACGCGCACCUGGCGCGCAGCUGCCCGGGCCAGCUGUCCAUUGUGCUCAUCAGCGGCGAUGAGGACUUCCUAGAGGGUGUGCAGGGCGCCCUUGCGGCGGGCUUCUCAGUGGAACUAGUCACACACGACACCGCGAGCGGAGCGUUGCUGGCGCAGGGCUACGCGCGGCCGCCCACGCUGUGGAGCCGCUUCCUGCGUGACGCCAGCGGCGUGGCAGACGUGGUGUUGCCGUACGGCGAUGAGCAGAUGGCGGGCGUGCUGGGGCCGCGGUCCGUGGUGCUGGCGGGCUUCGGGCCGCGCCGAGGCGGCGAGGCGGCGCGCGCGCAGGCGGCGCGACUGCUGCGGGCGGCCGUGGCAGCGCUGCAAGCGUCGGGCACGGGCGUAGGGGGAUCCAAUGGUGGUGCGCAUUGCAGCAGUGCCGGUGGCGCUGGGACUGGCGGUGGUGGCGGCGCCGGGGGUGGGGGCGCGGCUCCGCUGCCAGCGAUAACGUUGGUGGAGCCGUCGUUCGGCGCUUUCAGCGGCUCGUGUGUGCUGCUGUUGACGCCGCGGGAUGGCGACGACGCGGCAGCGCUGGCGGAGUGCCUGCGCGCCGUGCAGCUGCCGCCUGGGUCCAGUGCACCCGCAGCAAGCGCCGCCACGGGCCCUGCAAGCGCAGCAGCAGGGGCAGGCCCCUCUGGUAACCCGGGGCCGGUGGCACUGCUGCCUGGAGAUCAGCGCCUGGCUGUGUUUGAGGCACGGCGCAUGCUGUGCCUACAGCUGCACGCCGAUGAGCUGUGGGUCCCAAACCAGGGCGGGCACCAGGUACACGGAGCGGCGGCUUCGGAGCUAGUGGCAGCGGGUGCGGAGGACGAAGCGGCAGCGGCUGAAGGUGCCGGGUAUGGUGCCGGAGGGGAGGACGCAGCGUUAGGGGAAGCUGCUGGUGGCGACGGGGGAGGCGGGGCCUCGUUCAGCGCUGCAGCGUCAGGGCGGGGCCUCCACGACCGCCUUGCGGACGCGUGUAACGCGCUGGCAGGGGUACUCGGCAGCUACCGCCUGCCGCGCCGCCCCGGGGGCUCCCCAAGCAAGCAUACGCAUCAGCACCAGCAGCACCCGCAAGGCUUGCAGGUGCUGUGCCGCUUCACGCGGGUGCCCGCUCCUGGCGAGCAGUGCUUGACGCUGCUAGCGGCGGCUGCAGAUGAGGCGGCGGACCUGCUAGCGGCUAUGUCACAUCUGCAAGCCGCCACCGCGCCGCAGCUGAGGCGGCAGCACGGCGUGACGCUGACGGCUCAGUUGUUGUUCUCGGCUGAGGAAGUGGCGGCAGCGGCUGAGGCUGCGGCAGCGCGGGCCGCGGCGGGGCUGACGGGGGUGGCGGCAGGGGGUCUAGGGAAUGCAGGGGUGCUGGAAGCUGUGGAGCAGCAGCACCAGCAGGCGCCGCGGCAUCGACUGCCGUCGCUUGCAUUCACGCCGCAGCAGCCGCUUCCCGCUGGCCAGGCGGGGCCACCGCCAGCUGUGCAGCAGGCGGCAGCUGGGGCGGCAGGGGUGCCGCCGCCAGCGGGUGCGGGGCAGCCCGCGCUGCCGCCAGGCAUGCACGCGGUGCAGCAGGCAGCAGUACCGCAGAGUCAGGACAAUGAGGAUGAGGAUGAAGGCCACGACAAGAAGGGCAAGAAGAAGAAAAAGAGAAAGAACAAAAAGAAGAGGCAUAAGAACAAGGUGGUGCCGCUGUGAGGAUUUGACAAAUGGAGCUUCGUAGUGCGCUCGCUCGGUGUGUUAGCACGUUCGGACUGUUGGGUGCGGAUGUGCACACAGGCACCAUCCCUCGCACAUUUGUGAAUACUAAAUAAUUGUAUGCUUAAGAUGCACUGAAUGAUGGAUGUAUUUAUCGGGAAGUAUUCUUGUCAGGCAUGUUAGAUGUGCUGCAGGUGUGUGCAAAAUGCGGACGGCGCCUGACUCAAUAACGGGCAGCUCUGCCUGCAAAUGGUGAUUCCGUUUGGUGGCUGGCGUGCCCGCGACAUCCAAGUGUCCAAGGACCUGGCGGCGGCGGCGGCGGUGGCGCAGGACCUGGCGGCGGCGGCAGCGGCGGCGCAGGGCCCGGCGGCGGUGCAGGGCCUGGGCUCAGCAGCGACGGCGUGCAUGUGCGUAGCAGAGAGGCCAGGCAAGGCCACGUGGAGGAGGAGAGCACGGCAACGGCGUGCAUGUUGAGACCUGCCGGUGUCUGAUUUGCGGUCUUUGCUGGCGAGCAUAGCGUGGCAGUGUAUGUGGCGGAUACAUUAAAGUUGGGUUUGUUGCCUGCUCCCCUGCUGUGCUUAUGCUUGACAGCGGGACGUGGCUGGACACAUGGCGGGCGGUGCCUGUACAAACCGCCCCCAGUUAAGUCUGGGAGGUGAGGUGGUUUCGGAGCCUGCGGCCUCAGACAUUGUACCAACAUGGCAUUGGUGCAGCCCACUUUGCCCCUAAA